AUGGCUUUGAACCAGAACCUGUUCAAUGCGGACGAGGGUGUCACGUACGAUGCGAUUGUGAUCGGUGCCGGUGUGAUCGGGCCCUGUGUCGCCACGGGGCUGGCCAGGAAGGGCAAGAAGGUGCUUAUUGUGGAGAGGGACUGGGCUUUGCCGGACAGAAUUGUCGGCGAGUUGAUGCAGCCAGGUGGUGUCCGUGCGUUGCGGUCUCUCGGGAUGGUGCAGUCGAUUAACAAUAUCGAGGCCGUGCCAGUCACUGGGUAUACUGUGAUGUUCAACGGCGAGAAGGUCGACAUUCCGUACCCUUACAAGUCCGAUGUCGAGCCAGUACACAAAGUUAAGGAUUUGGUUCGCGAUGGGAACGAUCAAGUGUUGGACGAUGGCCAUAUCACGAAAAAGGACUUCGAGACAGAUGAGAGGGAGAGAGGUGUUGCCUUCGUUCACGGGAAGUUCUUGGAUAACUUGAGAGCCAUUGUCAGGAAUGAGCCAAACGUUACCUGCGUGCAGGGGAACUGUGUGGAGGUUUUGAAGGACGCUCAGAACAACAACGAGGUUAUCGGUGCCAAGAUUGACAUCGAGGGCCGUGGGAAAGUGGACUUCAAGGCACACAUUACUUUUGUCUGCGACGGUAUUUUCUCCCAUUUCAGAAAGGAGUUGAACCCAGAACAUGUCCCCACUGUGGGGUCAUCCUUCGUUGGUAUGUCUCUGUACCACGCUAAAAUGCCUACACCAAACCACGGUCACGUCAUCCUUGGUAACAAACACAUGCCAGUCAUCGUGUACCAGAUCUCCCCAGAGGAGACAAGAAUCCUGUGCGCCUUCAACAGCGCUAAAGUGCCCAAAGACUUGAAGGGCUGGAUGCAGAAGGACGUGCAACCAUACAUCCCAGAGGCACUGAGACCAUCGUUCGACGACGCCUUGCAGGCUGGGAAAUUCAGAGCCAUGCCAAACUCCUACCUACCAGCUAGACAGAACGACGUCAUCGGGAUGUGCGUCAUCGGUGACGCUUUGAACAUGAGACACCCACUGACAGGUGGUGGUAUGACCGUCGGGCUUCACGACGUCGUGUUGCUCAUGGACAAGAUCGGUGACUUGGACUUCAGCGACCGUGCCACAAUCCUAGACGAGCUUCUAGACCUGCACUUCGAAAGAAAGAGUCACGGUACUGUCGUCAACGUGCUUUCGAUCGCCCUGUACUCUCUGUUCGCUGCAGACACUCCAAACCUCAAGGCUCUACAGAGAGGCUGUUUCAAGUACUUCCAACGCGGCGGCGACUGCGUCAACGUGCCCGUACAGUUCCUGUCCGGUGUGUUGCCAAACCCACUGUACUUGACUAGAGUGUUCUUUGCCGUGGCCCUGUACACGUGCUACUUGAACAUCGAGGAACGCGGCUUCUUCGGGUUCCCAUUGGGUGUCCUAGAGGGCUUCAUGAUCUUUUUCACCGCCGUCAGAGUGUUCACCCCAUUCAUGCUGGGCGAAUACUUCGGUUAA